AUUUUUUUUCACAUUUGAUGAGGGUUUGACUCUACUUAAGACUUACUUGAUGUUAUCUUUGGAUGAAACACUCGACUGUUAUCAACCCUUAAAGGGAAAAGUCUGCUAUUUUUAGUGAAGUGCAUGAUUGAAAUGGCGUCGAAUAUUGAUACAUCUUUUUGCAGUCGCGCACCAGUUUCUCUAGGUAGACCUGCCGCGGCUAGUAAUAUUCCAGAAACUUGCGAGAUAGUAGAAGUGUCCGAAUCUCUUUACACUCCACCUUUUCUAAGAUUCGUGAUUUAUUGGAAUACAAUCCACCACAGCCUUUUAGUACUUCUGCAGUUCUGAAUUAUUGUCAACGUAAAAUGAUCCUGCCCUACACUCGUCUCCUAGGACUCCUUGGUCUCAGGCCAUUGUUGGGAGACUUUAAUGACCAAACGCUUGCGCUAAGUGCAAUCAAUAAAAUCCAUCUCUUCUUUGUUACCUGCUUCCUUAUUUUUGGCUAUGUAAUGCAACUCUUCACAUGUUACAGAAGGGACACAGGUUUCUCUUAUGUCAAAAGUUCUGGUAUUGAUAAUCUAAUCCAAAAUCACCAUCAACAUUUGACUAAGUUGAAAGAAACUACUGAAACUGUUUGUGAUGGAAGCCUUUUCCUUUGCUACAUUUUACCUCCAUUACUCCACCUUUGUGCCUUCAUUCAGACAAUAUAUUUAUUGCGAAUUACAGAUAAUGAACAUCUGCAAACACUCUUUGAGAAGGUUUUUUUACUGACAUCACGAGCACGAGGAGCAAAGACUCAACGGGUUCUUCUACGAAGACUUCGCAUUCAUGUUAUUCUCUCUGUGAUUUGGUUACUAUGGUCGCUAGUUGCUCAAAUUUUCCUUGUGUGUACCAGCACCAUAAAAAUGGUCUCAUUUCUUCCUCAAAUGAGCUAUGUUGUCCACAAUUCAUUGAUGGGGAUAAUGAUUGCCUCCACUCUUUGCCAGGAUGUUGUUCAUUGUUUAGUCGUCAGCAACUACUGCAUCGAGUGUCAGUUACUCAUGUCUUAUGUGAGUUCUAUUAGCGAACGCGUUGUUGAAAAAUCGCUGUCCUUGGAAGUUGCCAUGAAAGAAAUGCUGGAAUUCGAGAAGUUCCUGUUGUACUUGAAUGAAAAUGUUUCUCCUGCCAUCGGUUUGCUGUUGCUUCUCUCAACGACCCGGACAAUAGUGACGACCCUAACAGUCAUUCAUCCAGGAUUUUUGUACUACACCAUCGAUGCACACUCGUUUAUAGUGAUUAUGUUGUUAAUUCAGUGGGCUUCUGUUUCCAUAGCACCGCUUGUUUCCGCUGCGUAUGUUACUGCCUCAAGUCGAAACGUCCGUACAAUGGGAAUGAAAAUACGAGUCCGUCCGUUCGGCUUUCAGGAUGUUCCCGCCCAGAAGUUGGAUUCGUUCAUGACAUUUAUGGCAUGUCACAAAGGUGUUGCUAAGCUGUGCUUUGUUCCUAUCAGUGCUGGAUCGCUAGGAGCAGUCGUGGCUAUUGCUGCCCUAAUCUUUCUAAUCAGUGCUAACGUAUCGUAACUUGAUGAGGGUUCUAAAGCCAUAAGUCAGCGCUAGUUCUUUGUUACACUGUGAUAUAUACUCUCAGGUCAAUUUCAGAGUUUCAAUCAUUUGUUUAUCUCACUCGGCAAAUUAAUACAUCUUUGAUGUUAAA